CCAGUGUUAGAGAGAGUUCAAAUGAUUUAAUGGAGGAAAGCCCAGCACAAAAUCCUAUAGUCUCUGUUCACUCACCACUUCUUUUCAAUCCUGAGAUUCCUGUGGCUUCAUUCAAUAAAAUUUGAGCAUCAUGAGUGUUUUGAAGAAGAACAGGGAAUUCCAACAAUGAUCAUGUGGAGUAAUGGUGGGAAAGAUGUAGCUGUUGAAGGUUCUUGGGAUGAUUGGAAAUCAAAAAAAAAGUUGAAGAAAUCAGGGAAGGAUUUCACAAUCAUGAAAGCACUUCCAUCUGGUGUUUAUCACUAUAGAUUUAUGGUUGAUGGGGAAUGGAAACAUGCACCUGAUGUUCCAUGGAUGAUUGAUCAAGAAACAGGCAAUGUGUACAACAUCUUGGAUUUACAGGACUUCAUUUCUGAAGAUCUUGGAAGCAUUGCUAGUUUUGAACCUCCAUUGUCACCAGAUUCAAGUUACAGUAAUACUACUCUUUGUUCUGAAGAUUAUGCAAAAGAACCACCCUUGGUCCCUCUGCAGUUAUAUCCAAACCUUCUCAACAUGUCAUUUAAUAAUGUUUACAAUCAAUCCACACUGUCAAGACCUCAGCAUGUUGUUCUUGACCAUCUUUAUAUUCAGAAAACGAAGAACGGGCAGCCGGUCGUCGCUCUCGCCACCACCCGUCGGUUCAAAGCAAAGUAUGUCACUGUUGUGCUGUUCAAAUCCUUGCAAAAUUGAACAAUCAAGAGUUCUGCAUGUAUAGUGAUCAUGUCUAUAAUUAUUAAUUAGCAGUCAUUUUCUGCUUUACAACAAACAACUAACUGGAAUUUAUGAUUAUGAAUUAUUGAUCAAGCUCAAAAUGCACUUGAUUUCUGAAUGUAAA